AUGGCAACUCCCACGUGUUCAGUCUGUAACUCGUCCAACACCAAGUUCUGCUCAACAUGCCGUUCAAGUGCAUACUGCUCUCCAGCCUGUCAGAAACUCGACUGGCCUCUCCACAAGACAAUCUGCAAGGCCUUCACCUCCCUCCCAGCACGACCCUCACCCUCGCACAAACUCGCCAUUCUCUUCCCAGUUGACUCCAAAGAUCCAACUCUGAUCUGGAUCGAGUGCGAACGACGAGUCGACGAGGACGAUGGGAUGGCAUACGAGGUGCCGAAUACCGAAGCAGUUCUCAGCGUCGAGGACACUGAUCCUAAAUACAAAAGUGGCAAGGAGUUCAAGCCAAUACAGCGGAAUGCACUGCGUGGAUUCGAUCUUAGCUAUACUGUUCAGGUGAUUUGUCGAGAUGCCUUUCUGAUUGAUGGAUCGACGCCGAAUGUUUGUGUGAGACAGACUACGAAAGGAGAGAUGACUCACGAUUGGAGGGGACCGAUAGUGGUUCUGCGUCAGCCGGGGUUGGGGAUUGAUCCGUUGUUCUAUGAUGAUGUGAGGGCUGAUGAUCUGAGAGUUGCGGUUGAUUAUUUUCUGUACUAUGGGAGGUGA